UGAAUGAGGAACUGCGCGGGGGAAGCGGGGCGCCGGGGGAGGAGGCGGCGGGAUGGAAGCAGACGCUGGCGUCGCGCGAGCCCCGGGCGGAGCGGCGCGGUAGAGAGGGCGGCGGCGGCGCGCGCGGAGCCUUGACGUGCCCCUUUCUUUCUUCUCUCUCUCCGGAAAGCUGGGAAGCAUGAGCGUGCAGACCUGCCGCUGCCGCGGCCGCCCCGGCUCCUCGCCUCCCCCUCUUCGGGCCGCCCCUCGCCGGUGAGAGAAGCGAAUGCGAGAAGGGAAGAUGGGGGCCGUCCUGAGGAGCCUCCUGGCCUGCAGUUUCUGCGUGCUCCUGAGAGCGGCCCCUUUGUUGCUUUAUGCAAACAGACGGGACCUGCGACUGGUUGAUGCUACAAAUGGCAAAGAGAAUGCUACAAUUGUAGUUGGAGGCUUGGAGGAUGCAGCUGCGGUGGACUUUGUGUUUGGUCAUGGCUUGAUAUACUGGAGUGAUGUCAGCGAAGAAGCUAUUAAACGAACAGAGUUCAACAAAACUGAGAGUGUACAGAAUGUUGUUGUUUCUGGAUUAUUGUCCCCUGAUGGGCUGGCAUGUGAUUGGCUUGGAGAAAAAUUAUACUGGACAGAUUCUGAAACUAAUCGUAUUGAAGUUUCUAAUUUAGAUGGAUCUUUACGCAAAGUUUUAUUUUGGCAAGAGUUGGAUCAGCCCAGAGCUAUUGCCUUAGAUCCUUCGAGUGGGUUCAUGUACUGGACAGACUGGGGAGAAGUACCAAAGAUAGAACGUGCUGGAAUGGAUGGUUCAAGUCGCUUCAUUAUAAUAAACACUGAAAUAUACUGGCCAAAUGGACUGACUUUAGAUUAUGAGGAACGGAAGCUUUAUUGGGCAGGCAAACUUAAUUUCAUCCACAAAUCAAAUCUGGAUGGAACAAAUCGGCAGGCGGUGGUUAAAGGUUCCCUUCCACAUCCUUUUGCCUUGACGUUAUUUGAGGACACGUUGUACUGGACUGACUGGAAUACACACUCUAUUUUGGCUUGCAACAAGUACACUGGCGAAGGUCUGCGUGAAAUCCACUCUAACAUCUUCUCUCCCAUGGAUAUACAUGCCUUCAGCCAACAGAGACAGCCAAAUGCUACAAAUCCAUGCGGAAUUGAUAAUGGUGGCUGUUCCCACUUGUGUUUGAUGUCUCCAGUCAAGCCUUUUUAUCAGUGUGCUUGCCCAACUGGGGUCAAACUCCUGGAAAAUGGAAAAACCUGCAAAGAUGGUGCCACUGAAUUAUUGCUUUUAGCCAGAAGGACAGACUUGAGACGCAUUUCUUUGGAUACACCAGAUUUCACAGACAUUGUCCUACAGUUAGAAGACAUCCGUCAUGCCAUCGCCAUAGAUUAUGAUCCUGUGGAGGGCUAUAUCUACUGGACUGAUGAUGAAGUGAGGGCCAUACGCCGCUCAUUCAUAGAUGGAUCUGGCAGUCAGUUUGUGGUCACUGCUCAAAUUGCGCAUCCUGAUGGUAUUGCUGUUGAUUGGGUUGCCCGAAAUCUUUAUUGGACGGACACUGGCACUGAUCGAAUAGAAGUGACAAGGCUCAACGGGACCAUGAGGAAGAUCUUGAUUUCAGAGGACUUAGAGGAACCCCGGGCUAUUGUAUUAGAUCCGAUGGUUGGGUACAUGUAUUGGACUGACUGGGGAGAAAUCCCGAAAAUUGAGCGAGCAGCACUGGAUGGUUCUGAUCGAGUAGUGUUGGUUAACACUUCUCUUGGUUGGCCAAAUGGUUUAGCCUUGGAUUAUGAUGAAGGCAAAAUAUACUGGGGAGAUGCCAAAACAGACAAAAUUGAGGUUAUGAAUACUGAUGGGACUGGGAGACGAGUACUAGUAGAAGACAAAAUUCCUCACAUAUUUGGGUUUACUUUGUUGGGUGACUAUGUUUACUGGACUGACUGGCAGAGACGCAGCAUCGAAAGAGUACACAAACGAAGUGCUGAGCGGGAGAUCAUCAUAGACCAGCUCCCUGACCUCAUGGGCCUGAAGGCCACAAAUGUUCACCGAAUCAUUGGUUCCAACCCCUGUGCUGAGGAGAAUGGGGGAUGUAGCCAUCUCUGCCUCUAUAGACCUCAGGGCCUCCGCUGUGCCUGCCCCAUUGGCUUUGAACUCAUCAGUGACAUGAAGACCUGCAUUGUCCCAGAGGCUUUCCUUUUGUUUUCUCGGAGAGCAGAUAUCAGGCGAAUUUCCCUGGAAACUAACAAUAAUAAUGUAGCCAUUCCACUCACUGGUGUCAAAGAAGCUUCUGCUUUGGAUUUUGAUGUGACAGACAACCGAAUUUACUGGACUGACAUAUCGCUGAAGACCAUCAGCAGAGCCUUUAUGAAUGGCAGUGCACUGGAACACGUGGUAGAAUUUGGCCUAGAUUAUCCAGAAGGCAUGGCAGUAGACUGGCUUGGGAAGAACUUGUACUGGGCAGACACAGGAACAAAUCGAAUUGAAGUGUCAAAGUUGGAUGGGCAGCACCGACAAGUUUUGGUGUGGAAAGACCUAGAUAGUCCCAGAGCUCUUGCGUUGGACCCUGCUGAAGGAUUUAUGUAUUGGACUGAAUGGGGUGGGAAACCUAAGAUUGACAGAGCUGCCAUGGAUGGAAGUGAACGUACCACUUUAGUUCCAAAUGUCGGGCGAGCAAAUGGCCUCACUAUUGAUUAUGCUAAAAGGAGGCUUUAUUGGACAGAUUUGGACACCAACCUAAUAGAAUCUUCAAAUAUGCUUGGACUCAACCGUGAAGUUAUAGCAGAUGACUUGCCUCAUCCUUUUGGCCUAACUCAGUACCAAGAUUACAUCUACUGGACGGAUUGGAGCCGACGCAGCAUUGAGCGUGCCAACAAAACCAGUGGCCAAAACCGCACCAUCAUUCAGGGCCAUUUGGAUUAUGUGAUGGACAUCCUCGUGUUUCACUCCUCUCGGCAGGCAGGGUGGAAUGAAUGUGCUUCCAGCAAUGGGCACUGCUCCCACCUCUGCUUGGCCGUGCCAGUUGGAGGUUUUGUUUGCGGAUGCCCUGCCCACUACUCUCUCAAUGCUGACAACAGGACUUGUAGCGCUCCAACUACUUUCCUGCUCUUCAGUCAAAAGAGUGCCAUCAACCGCAUGGUGAUCGAUGAACAGCAGAGCCCCGACAUCAUCCUUCCUAUCCACAGCCUUCGGAAUGUCCGGGCCAUCGACUACGACCCCCUGGACAAGCAACUCUAUUGGAUUGACUCAAGACAGAACAUGAUCCGAAAAGCCCAAGAAGAUGGCAGCCAGGGCUUUACUGUGGUGGUGAGCUCAGUUCCCAAUCAGAACCUAGAAAUACAGCCCUAUGACCUCAGCAUUGAUAUUUAUAGCCGCUACAUCUAUUGGACUUGCGAGGCCACCAAUGUCAUUAACGUAACAAGAUUAGAUGGGAGAUCAAUUGGAGUGGUGCUAAAAGGCGAGCAAGAUAGACCUCGAGCCAUCGUGGUAAACCCAGAGAAAGGGUAUAUGUAUUUUACCAAUCUUCAGGAAAGAUCUCCCAAAAUUGAACGAGCUGCUUUAGAUGGAACAGAACGGGAGGUCCUCUUUUUCAGUGGCUUAAGUAAACCAAUUGCUUUAGCUCUUGAUAGCAGAUUGGGCAAACUCUUUUGGGCUGAUUCAGAUCUCCGGCGGAUUGAAAGCAGUGAUCUCUCAGGUGCCAAUCGGAUAGUAUUAGAAGACUCCAAUAUCUUGCAGCCUGUGGGACUGACUGUGUUUGAAAAUUGGCUAUAUUGGAUUGAUAAACAGCAGCAGAUGAUUGAAAAAAUUGACAUGACAGGUCGAGAGGGUAGAACCAAAGUCCAGGCUCGAAUUGCCCAGCUUAGUGACAUUCAUGCAGUAAAGGAACUGAAUCUUCAGGAAUACAGACAGCACCCUUGUGCUCAGGAUAAUGGUGGCUGUUCACAUAUUUGUCUUGUAAAGGGAGAUGGUACUACAAGGUGCUCUUGCCCAAUGCACUUGGUUCUGCUUCAGGAUGAGCUAUUAUGUGGAGAACCCCCAACGUGUUCUCCUCAGCAGUUUACGUGUUUCACGGGGGAAAUCGACUGUAUCCCUGUGGCUUGGCGGUGCGAUGGGUUUACUGAAUGUGAAGACCACAGUGAUGAGCUCAAUUGUCCUGUGUGCUCCGAGUCCCAGUUCCAGUGUGCCAGUGGGCAGUGUAUUGAUGGUGCCCUCCGAUGCAACGGAGACGCAAACUGCCAGGAUAAAUCAGAUGAGAAGAACUGUGAAGUGCUUUGUUUAAUUGAUCAGUUCCGCUGUGCCAAUGGUCAGUGCAUUGGAAAACACAAGAAAUGUGAUCAUAAUUUGGAUUGCAGUGACAAAUCGGAUGAACUGGAUUGUUAUCCAACAGAGGAGCCAGCACCACAGGCCACCAAUACAGUUGGUUCAGUUAUUGGCGUAAUUGUCACCAUUUUUGUGUCUGGAACUAUAUACUUCAUCUGCCAGAGGAUGUUGUGUCCACGUAUGAAGGGAGAUGGGGAAACCAUGACUAAUGAUUAUGUAGUUCAUGGACCAGCUUCUGUGCCCCUUGGUUAUGUGCCACACCCAGGCUCUUUGUCAGGAUCUCUUCCAGGAAUGUCUCGAGGUAAAUCGAUGAUCAGCUCCCUUAGCAUCAUGGGGGGAAGCAGUGGACCCCCUUAUGACCGAGCUCAUGUCACAGGAGCAUCAUCAAGCAGUUCCUCAAGCACCAAAGGCACUUACUUCCCUGCAAUUUUGAACCCUCCACCAUCCCCAGCCACAGAGCGAUCACAUUACACUAUGGAAUUCGGUUAUUCUUCAAACAGUCCUUCCACUCAUAGGUCCUACAGCUACAGGCCAUACAGUUACCGGCACUUUGCACCCCCCACCACUCCUUGCAGCACAGAUGUUUGUGACAGUGACUAUGCUCCCAGCCGGAGAAUGACCUCAGUGGCGACGGCCAAGGGCUACACCAGUGACUUGAACUAUGACUCAGAGCCUGUGCCCCCACCUCCCACACCCCGAAGCCAAUACUUGUCAGCAGAAGAGAACUAUGAAAGCUGCCCACCUUCUCCGUACACAGAGAGGAGCUACUCUCAUCACCUCUACCCACCGCCGCCCUCUCCUUGCACAGACUCCUCCUGAGGAGGGGCCCUCCUCCUCUGACUGCCUCCAACACAAAAGUGUAAAUACCAAUUUGCUUGAGAUCUGGAGGGGGGGAGGGAGCUAUUAGAGAAGGAAGAGGCAGACCAUGUACAGUUAAAAAUUAUAAAUGGGGUAGGGAAUACUGGAGAUAUUUGUACAGAAGGAAGAGAUAUUUAUAUAUUUUCUUAAAACAGCAGAUUUGCUGCUUGUGCCAUAAAAAUUUGUAUAAAAAUAAAUUUGUACUAAAAGUUUUAUUUUUGCAAACUAAAUACACAAAGCAUGCCUUAAACCCAGUGAAGUGACUGAGUACAAAGGAAACAGGAAUAAUAAAGGCAUCACUGACUAGGAAUGUCUGGGCUUUAUUGAUACCAAAAAAAAAAGGAAAAAGACAAAAAAAAAGAAAAAGCGAAAAGAAAAAAGAAGAGAAAAUUAAAGUCCAUCUUAGAGCAGCAAAUCAUAUAUAUUGAGAAGUAGCCAAAUGGCCUUCAUGGUAACUAACAUUUGAAGGCCAGCAAGUUUAACAAGUGAAAGGAAAAAAAAUAAUUAAUACUAACUUCGGACAAAGGGCUUUGUUUUCUCUAGGAAUCCAACAGUUUUAGUGAGGAAAAUAGAUGUUUAUAAAAAUCCAUUUGGGUGCUGCUGUUGUAGGAGAGAUCGGCUGUCUGGUAAGAUGCUGUGGGGCCGUUUAUUGUGCAAGUCUUCUGUCCCUACCUUAAAACCCACACUCCCGUCAAAUAGUAAUUUUUUCUUUAGGUGUUUUUACCUUGCUUCCUCCCUUAGCAGCAUUUUAGACUAUUUUGCCAAGAUACCAUAAUUUAUUCACAGUUUUUUUAUUGGAGGAUUGAUAAAAUGGACUAUUUCUAUAUCUCCAUUCCCCAAUCAGCUUAGCUCUUCAAUUGGACUGUUGUGUUCACAUAAUGAUCAAAGUCAGACAUAUUAUCGCUCAUCUUUACUUCCAGGAUUGUUUUAAUGCUCAUUAAAAUGUCUUUUUACAACACAUAUAGACAAUGUAUAAGAAUUACAAAUUUAACCAUUAUGUUUUUGUUGUAAAUUAAUCGUAUAUCCUUGCAGUACUUUCAACAUAUAAUAUCACAAUAUGAAAUCAUUUUUAUAUUUUUUUUCUAGUGAACAUUUAAAUAUGUUCUGGUUAGAGAUAAUCUAUUUAAAAAGAGAAGUUUUUGUUAUCAUUAGGUUUUCCCUUUUAACUGUUGGUGACAUUUUCAUGUUCUUUAGGCCAAUUUUUCUCAGAAUGAUGUCUCCAUACAUACCUCUUCUAAUGUGUGAUAAGAGUUUAAUAUCUUUCUGUUACCUAAUGUGAAUGUUAGAUUGUUUUCAAAUUAUCCACAGAUUACUCUUAUAAUCACCUCUCAUAUGUUUUUUUGUGUGUUCUUUCUUAUUCCAUUAUGGAUUUAGAUGAUUAACAAAUUUAACAAUAUGGAUUGCAUGGGAAGGCAAACUGUUAACUUCUCAGCUGUCAGAAUCUGGGUGGAGGGCAAGAAUGGAAGGCUCUUAUGUAAUCUGCCUGACCUGCCUGGUUCUGGGGCUGCUGCAUCUCCGACUGCAUCCACAGGGCUGAAGGAUUCUAGCGCUGCUCUGCCACCUUGCCAGAAGUUGGUGUCCUGCUUUUUUACGUGUUUCCAGCGUUUCUUUGCUAAAACUGAAUGUGUUUUUAAACUAACCUGUUUUUACCUUAACAGAUGUUGGCCAGUUAAUUACUAAAUGAUUUUUUUUUCUUUAAUUUCUGUUUUGCUGAGGCCUUUCUCGAUUUCAGGGCCCGAGAGAAAACAGUGGAAGAAAGGAUUCAGAAUUUUGGUAGGGGUGAAAUAACUUUUUAAACGGUUAAAAGAUACCUAAGUAAUCUUUUUAAAGAGAAAAAUAUGUAGUUUCAGGAUAAUGCUUAUAUUAUUGAGAACACCUUAUGUGUAAUCAGGUGUACUUGAUGUUGCAUAGAAAUUAACAGUAAUUCAUCAGUGUCUUGCAUUUCAGUCAGAGCAUUAACUUCCUGUUGAUGAAACAAAGUGCUCAAGGUCUAUCAGAAUGGACAAUGAACUUGCAUCCUGUGACACACAGGGGCACUUGAUGCUCAAAUGAAGAUGGAAAGGUUAGCAAUAACUGGGUAUCAAUUAGAAUUUGAGAAUUCUAUAUGUUUACAUUUUUUAAUGUGCAUCUUUAUCUGGUGGGCUUCCUAUGUGGAAACUUGCACUAUAAUGAACUAAGAAGAAUAUUGCCUUGUUAUAUCUCAGUCCAAGUGCUUGUACUGCGAUGGCAAUGGCCUCUUCUUGCAAAAUACUAAUUUGUGUGCCAAUUUGUUUGAAAUUAUUUGAAGGCAGUUCAGCUUAAUCUCAGAAUCCUCUUUCUGGGUAUUUGAGAUGGAUUCUUAACAUUUGGGGGAGUACCUUUCAAUGAGAGAAUUGUCAAAAUUCAGGAAAGAUUUAUUGGCUGGCCCUCAGGUUACAUGGACAGUUAAGCUCAAAAGUAGACUAUCUUGUUUAUUAAACACAAGAUCUUUAAUUGGAAAAAAAAAAGAGGAUAAAAAAUUAACACGAGAUCACAAAUCAGGGGAAAAAAGGGAAAACGUUUUGAAUUUGGAGUAUUGCUAGACUCAUUAUUCAUGGCAAGGGCGGUGAAUAAAAUGUCAUUAUAUUUCUUAAAUAUAAAAGUAUUCACUGUAAUCAUAUGUCUUGAAGUAUGCCCAUUUACUGAUGUGAUUAAAAGUAUCCGAGGAUUGAACUUUAGCAUAGCAUACUUGCUGUGCACUAGAGUGAGCUGUUCUGCAUUGAAGUGGUCUUUUAUAAUUCUUUUAUAACUUUGAACUUUGCUCCUAUAGAGCCCUGAUUUUCUGAACAGUGGCCCAAAAGGUUUUGCUGCUUAUAUCAGAUAAUUGUGGCAUAUUCACAAUUUAAAAACAAAAAAGCACUUAAGGCAUUGAAUUUUCACUAUUUUACUUUUUCUUUCAUGAAGUUUUAUCGUGCCUCUGACACUUGCAACUCUUCUAACUAGCAUAUCUAUGUUUAGCCAAAAAGUUAUUUUAAUUUUAAUAUAAAAAUACUUUGAUAUGACGCCAAGAGAUAUCUGACCCUUUAGUAAGUUUGAGAACAACUAUUCUAAAGUUAUGAUAUGUAUUUAGGAAUGAAGACUUGACAAUACAUUUUCAUCUAAUAGGCCAAUAAGUGGGGUGGGGGUGCUUUGAAUAGUAAAAUUUUAAUGUCAAUGAGUAUUUGUUCAUCAUUUAAAAAUACUCUAGAGUCAAUAAUUUGUGUAAGGCCAACUCAUUUGAUACUAAGAUAUAAAAGUAGCCACCAUCUGUACCGGGUGGCAGUUUGGGAGGAAAAUUUUUUUCUCUUGCCGCAGAGGCUCAUUAAUGAAGAAUAAUACUUCAAGUAGGGUUAGUAGCCUAUUAGUGAACUGUGUAUGUUGGUAUGCAUUACUUCUGGUACCAGAAAGACUUGGAAUCAAAGUUUUGAGGGACUUUGGAUCCUAAAUCAUAACGUUUUAUAUCUGUGAUUUUUAAAGAUUUUAAAAUUGCUCAGGAUAUCUCUGUUUGACCGAAUUCUGCCUCUUGUUAAACUAAGCUAGAACUGAGUGAAGAGGGAGGUAGCUUAUUGGGUUAAUCUGGAUGAUUUGAAUGGAAUUACUGACCUCAUCCUUCAUUUUUCAUAAGGCAUUCUUAGGCCAUUCUUAAGUUUAUAGCUGAAAAAAAUCACAUGACUUUACAGAUAGAAUUAUAAACUAAGUGAUAUCUUGUACUCAGAAGUAGAAUACAGACCUAACAAACUCUAACUUUUAGAUUUCCCAUUACUUAGGCUUUGCCCAAAAGUUAACCCUGAAGAAUUAUACAGUGUACUUUUGGUUAACUGUCCAUUCUUUAAAAAAAACCAAAAAAUCAAAUAUAAGCAGGGCAAGGAUAUAUAUAUAUUUGUGUAUAUAUAUAUUGCUGUAAAUAUUAAUGACUAAAUAUGAAUAUUAAAAGGAAAAUAAAGCAAAGAGAGUCUGAUUAAAUCUAAUGUUACAUGAAAUUAAAUGUCUGGGGUUAGUUGAGGAUAUUUUUAAAAGAGUAAAGAGAAUACUGAGAAGCUUAAGCUGGACUAGCCUUAUUUGCAAGUGAAGGAUCUGGUGCUGCUUUCAGAUGUUUUAUCCUCUGUGUUUUUAAAUUUUUCCUUAAGCUUUAAUCUUCGUCAUUGUCUUAAAGUCAGCUGGUAUUUCUUGUUCAUGGACUUUGGUACGAUGGUGCUUUGCAAGGAUGUAUUUAUAUUUUAAUGACCAACAUUUGGUCAGCCCUUGUCCACUAUUCACUUCCCCCUUUUUGUAAAAUAAGUGCUUUAAUUGUAAACUGUAUAAAAAUACCUUGUAUAAAUCCCCUUUUUGAUUAUUACAAUAAGUUGAGUUGUAACAAAUGAAAUGUUGAUUUUUAUAAUAAAACAGUGGAAAAUAAAAA